CGCGCUGACAGAAGCGAAACAUUCGACCGUGUUGUUGUUCCCGCACAUCUCAACUCGAAUCAAAACUCGCCGGGAUUUCGGAACGAGGAAAAAAUCGGUCCUGUUUCCAUUCCCACGGUCACAUUCCACCGCCGUAAUUGUACAAUAGUGCUGAAGUGUUGUUCUAAUUGUUAGUUAACCUUUUUAAAAGUGAUUGAAUUGUAAUGUUAAAACCGUUGUGCCUUCUAUCGUGAAUCGUGUGUCAAAAGCAAUAAUCCGGAAUGGCCUCAAAACGACACGGUAAUUUUCAGCUGAAGGUGCCUUCGGCGUCGUACAAAAAAGCUCGGCUGGACAUCGAGAUGGUCUCCAGUCAGCACUAUCAACGGCAGCAGCUGCAAGUACCGGCAGUUCGAACUCCGACGACGGUUGUUCAAUCCUCGGACAGUUUGUGGGGCGAAGAGGACGAUGAGUUUAUUAUGCUGGCAUCGCAAGCUGUGGAGGAGGUCGAGAUGUUUCAGAACUCGCAAACGGGGGACGUAACUUUUGGGAGGUUUGCGAAGCAGUCGGUUCCUUCGAGUACGCAAGCGUUAGACUCUGAUGAGCUGAUGCCGCCGCCUUCAGCGGUUCCGGGACCUUCGAGGUCGAAGGAAAAGGUGCUGCCGGAAGUUAUUGAUUUGCUGACGGACGAUGACGAUGUGUUCACGGAGAACUACGACGACAUCGAGAAGCACAUGGAGAACUUCUUCAACAACGGGGUGGAUGAUGAUUUUAAGCUGGAUGAAAUUCGGCAAGAGGAUGCUGGGGAACCGGUGCCGGUUGAAGAGCCGAAGCCGGUUCAGGCGGGUCCGUCACGACCACGGUAUCUCCCGAGCCAGCGUCAGACUCAGGUCGAUCGGGAAGCCCAGCUGAAUGCGGCAAAAAAAAAGGAACACGCCCAGGACAUUCAGAUCAAAUUCCUGACAAAGCAGUUGGAAAUGGCCAGCAAGAAGACGGAGCAGAUCCAGAAGGAAUGCAACGAUGCGAUGGAACGGCUUCACACCCGCGAAGGAGAAGCUGCCGUGCUGCGGUACCAAUUGGACAACGCCAAAAGCAUCAACGACCAGCUCCGGCUGGACAAGAUGAAGGAGAGCGAAACCAUGACCAAGGAGUGGGCCAACAAGAUCAAAGACCUGAGCAGCGUGAUCGUCGCUCAGCAGUCGGAGCUCGAGUUCAAAUCUCUCGAAAUGAUGAACCUCCGAACGAAACGGAUGAGCAACUCGUUCCGUGGCGGCGCCGCCGACAAAUCCAUCGUCCAUGAACCUCCCGUCACCAAGGAAGACUUCCGAAUACACCAGCGAAGGGUCAAACUGUUCCUCCAACAAUCCACGCUCUCCUACGAAAUCGACCCGAAAAUCUUCGACCGCUCCCUCGAAAGAAUCUCAAAGUUCAACACCAACAGCCGAAUCGCGACCUUCUCCAAAGGCGACUCCGUCAUCUCGCAGUGCCUCGGCUUGCUCCAAACCCACCUUUCCCAGCUGGCCGCCCAACGACGACCUCCCCCGCCAGAAUCGCUCGACGCCAUCACCACAACCUCAGCCCGAGCCCUCUCCGAAAUCCUAAAAUACGCCAACCAGCUCAAACUGGUCCGCGUCAAGUACAAACACCUCGGCCCGAAGGUGGCCUUCGAGUUCCUCUGCAAAAACGCCAAAAACAACCGCCUCAACGGAGAAGUCAACAUCAACCAGCGGGACGCGAUCUUCGCGGACGAGCAGGCCGUGCUCACGCGGAGAUUCCUCGCGGCGUUGGCGAUUCUUGGGAGGUAUUUGGCCCCGUUGGCGGUUAGUUUGGUGCGCAGUCACUGUACGGGAGUGCUGGGGAAAGCGUUGAACAAGCUGGGUUACGCGGUGGAGUUGUACCAGCAUCUGGGGAUGGUGACGGCGGCGGCGGCGUUGUUGAGUAGUCUAUGUCAUCAUGUUGGUGCGAUGGAGGAACGUGCAGUCGCGUUGAUGAACCUGUUCAAAUCGAUCGUCUACUGCCGCCCGGACAGCGCUCUCACGCUAACGUACCUCUCCGAGGCCCUGUGCAGAAUAUCGAACCAUUCCAUCGACCUGCUGAACCAACUCUGCUGGCGCUCCAAACCCGAGAGCUUUAAACUCAAUGAAACCUACAAGACGAUUCAGUUUACAAAGGAUUCCUGCGUCCUCCAGAUCUACGCCGCCCUCCUAGAGUGCUCCGUUCCCCAGAACCGCACGCUGACCCGGCUCGAGGUGGACCGGCUGGUGGCCAACACGCGGCACACCAUCUUCUUCCUGCGCAAUGCCGUUGCCCGCCCGGUUCGCUGGAUCCGGCACUUUUACCGCCACCCGGAACAAUCGUCACGUGUGCCAACCCAGUGCCAGUGCCACAUCCGGAUCACCAACGCGUUCGUCGUGCUGCUGCACCAGGUUCUGCGCUGCUGGAACCACUGUCCGCUCGAUAUUCCGAAUCACAGCAUGCUCCAGAUCGCUCAGGAUGGAGUCCUGCUGCUGUAUGAUCUGUUUCAAACAGUGUAUCGGGGGAUGGUUUUGCGGGUGGGAGGCCACGCGAUCGAAUGCCGACUGCAGGCCAGCUGCAACUGGCUCGUGCAGCACCAGGACGACUUUCGUUUUCAGGAUUCGCACAAAAUGGCCCUGCGGAAGCUCGAUCUGCGGUUGGUUAUGGACGAACCGCUCAAGACUGGCGGCGAGGGGGCGUCUUCUGCGAGGACAGACACGGACAGUGAGCGGGCCGAUCAGACGCGGCAGUUGUACGAGGAAUUUUUCGACUGUAAGAAUUUGGCGCUGUGGAAGAUCUGAGAGGAAGGGGGAGAGGAAAAUAUAUGGUGCAAAAAAAAGAGCUUUGGCUGUUUUUUUUUUUUGGUACAGUGAAAUCAUUUAUCAUAACUUUUCUUGUUAAUAUCAUGUAAGGGUGCACAGCUGCCAAGGAAGUUGUUGUCUUCUUAUUCUAAAAUUGUCAAAUUCACGGACCCAAACUUUGCUGCAAAUUAUUGUUCAGGCAGUACCUUAAGAGAUGAAUGAAAAGUUUUAUCAAUAGUUCCAGUUACUAAAAUGUCUGUAGCAAAAAUUCUUGGUGCAAACGCUCUGUUUGAUGUGCACCGUUAAACCAGGGCUGUCCAACAUCCGGCCCGCGACGGCUUUUGAAAUUGUUCAAUGACUGGCUCUUAGGCCUCUUGAAAUAUUUUAUAAACAAGUUUGUGAUUUUAGCAUCAGCAAUAUUUUUUCAGAUCCGAUUUUCAGGGUUAAUAUUGCGCUAGAAAAAAAUAUCUAAAAUAUAUUUAAACAAAUUUAUCAUUCUUAAAAAAGUGAUUGUUGCACAUAUUUUUCAAAAAUUAAAAAAAAUCCCAAGAAAUCAGAGAGCAAAAAAAUCUUUUCUUUGGGCCCUUGCAAAUCAUUUUUGAAGUUAAUGUCCCUUGACUCUAACCAGAGGAAAAAAUAUUAAAAAAGAACAAGCUAUACUUUCAACAUUUCAAAGAAAAAAUAUUUUAAAACAAACAAAAAUUGAAAAUAAAAAUGCAUUUCUAAAUUUUUUUUUUUUUUAAAGAUAAACUUAACGUUGGAAAUUUGUACUUAUUUUGAACACAAACCUUCUUUUAAAUUUUUUGUGAUAAUUGGAUGAUUGAGUCUGGCCCUAGGUCCUAGGUCUGGAUCGUAUUAUAAAAGAAAUGGUUUUUGCCUCAAGAUCAGGCCUGCAAAAAGGCCUCAAGAUACCGCUAAGGUAUUGUCCAAAACAUCCAAUUGUACAUGGUUUGCCCGUGAAUUCUAGGAAUUGUUUUCAGACUCUCCAGCCUCUUUUUUUUUUUUGAAGUUUUAUAGAAGUUUGCAAGAUUAGUUGAUAUUAAAGAUUUUAUUUGAGCAAUUCUCUACGAAAUCGGUCUUUUUUUUUAGAAUUAUAAUUUUUGUAAUUUUUAAUCCGAAUGAAACUUUUUUGGUGCCUUCGGUAUGCCCAAAGAAGCCAUUUUGCAUCAUUAGUUUGUCCAUAUAAUUUUCCAUACAAACUUGGCAGCUGUCCAUACAAAAACGAUGUAUGAAAAUUAAAAAAUCUGUAUCUUUUGAAGGAAUUUUUUGAUCGAUUUGGGGUCUUCGGCAAAUGUGUAGGUAUGGAUAUGGACUACUAGGGUGUAAUAUGGUUGUAUGGAAAAAAAUAAAGUUGUCCAAAUUUAGCGAGCACAGCAAUUUUUCAGUUCCUUUUGGGGUCCUAAACAACUCCCCAAAGUUUGAGAACGAUCGGUUUAGUCCUCACUUUGCGCAAAGCGAUUCAAUUUUCCAUAUAAAUUUGUAUGGGAAAAACCAUUUUUUUGGAUUUCGAUAUUUAUAAAACCCACGUUUCACGCUGUACUAAAACCGGAUUCAUAUUCGGAUGCUCUGGAAGAUGCUCUACAACUUUCUCGUAGAGAGUAUGGUGCUAA